AUGAAUCUGGAGAACCCCGAUCAUCUCUUUGCUCAUGUCGUCAUAUCCUGGGUAUUUACUGUCUUUGUCCUAUGUAUCCUAUGGCGGGAACACCUUUAUUACAUCAACUUACGGCAUUCCUACCUCUCACAAUCAGGCUACUACGAGCGAAAGACAUCCAGAACUAUCCUUAUAAGCUCCAUUCCUGAACACUGUCUGAAUGAAAAAGUGUUUCAAAAGCUGUUUGGCCAUUCGUUCGUUCAAUGUUGGAUACCUCGAGCCUCACGGCGAUUGAGAAAGCUGGUAAAGAAAAGGGAGAAAAGAGCGCAGCAAUUACAAGAAGAAGAAGAAGUUGCCCUGAUCAAUGAAAGAAACCGCGGAAAACCAGCUCGACUAGUGUUCAGUCUCCCUAAUUUGAACUGGAUGAGACGAGCACGAUCCAAUGACCCUGAUGUGGAGAACGUUGAACUUUUCCAAAAGACAGCUCCAACGGUGCAAGAUGUCGAUAUUCAGCCUAACGAAGUGCAAAUCUCGAUCAACGAACGUUCCACCUUUACUUCUGAGCCGCCCGGCCCUGCAGUCGGAAAAGUCAAGUCUACUCGAUCGGAUUUGCACCUCCUCAACCAACAAAUCGACACAUUACGCCAGGAAUACCAAGCUGGCAAAGGAAAGCACAUGAAUGCAGCAUUCAUCGAAUUCGAAUCUUUUGCUAGUGCCCAGGCGGCCUUUCAAUCAAUUCACCAGCAUCAACCAUUUCAAAUGUGCCGCCAGGUCAUGGGAGUCAAACCUGGUGAGAUUGUCUGGAGCUGUCUAAGAAUGAAAUGGUGGGAGCGUCUUCUACGAGAAUUCGUGGUGACGAUUUUGAUCGGCGGAUGUGUUAUCGUCUGGAUCAUGCCAAUUGCUUUUGUAGAGUUCGUGACAUCUUCACCAAUGGUAGGCAGAGUGCCUGGUGUUUCAGAGCUCCCUCAGCUGGUGGUCAAUGCCAUAUCUGGCUUGGGACGAGCCCUCCUCAUGUGGGCCUUACUCGAGUUUGUCCCAUUUCUCAUGAGAGUAUGUGCCAAGUUCGCAGGUGUCCCUACUCUAACCGCUAUCGAACACUUCGUUCACACAAGAUACUUCAUCUUCCAAACACUACAAAUCUUUCUGGGCCCAAUGAUCCGACCUACGCCUGUUGGGUUUUUCAGCGACAUCCCUUACUUAAAUCAACAGGUGCCCGAGGCUUCUAUCUUGUAUAUGUCAUAUAUCUUGGUUCGGUGCCUCUCGGCUGGUGCCACUGAGCUCAUUCAGCUAUGGCAGCUAUUCCUCAACAUGACCCGAAGUAAACGUCCCGGGACACCUCGAACAACUUACGAUAGGGCUUUUGAACUCAAUGUAGUCCAUUGGAGCAGUGUUUAUCCAGUCAUGACAACUGUUGGGGUUAUCGCUAUGAAUCCUCGAAUUGAAAGCUUCAGCACGCUCGAUUAUGACGGCGCAUCUAAGAGACUACAGCCGGGCGAAGAUAUUGCGGCUGGAGGCAUAGACCAAUAUGGAUCAUCUUCAACCGUUGCGACUUCAACUGAGAGUCUGAGAGAUCUCCCGCCAUCAACUUUCGAUAAGAGCCUUUGGGACACCGAGAAGAAAGCCAAAGAUCGUAUGUGUGGAAGUUGGUUCCGCACAGCCACUUUUGAAGACUUUCAGCACGAUAUCUCACCCGACCACACCGAGGACGAGUUCAUGGCCUUGUACGGGUCAAGUUGUUAUCAGCCUCCGGAGACAUGGCUUCCGAAACCAAUAUUCUGGCUUCCUGAGGAUAGUGCUAUUAAAAACUGCCUAGAAGCCCCAGAAAGAGAAGAGCCUCUGUCAAUAUCGCACGAUGGAGCACAGGUAGAUGAAAAAGGUCGAGUGAAGCUCGAUCUGGAGCUUACCCCAUUUCGUGAUGAUCUUUUAUUCUAUCGUCAUCUCCAUCUUAUCCUAUAG